AUGUCUUCGACAGACACUCCCGCCCUGUCGACCGUGUCGACUUCCGCGACCGCGACUGCCCACGCAACCACUUCGCCCUCCUCGGCUACCUCGACCCCCUCCCCAUCCACUUCUAGUGCCACGACUGCUCUUUCGACAUCAGCUCGGCGCCCGCAGCGGAAAAGCACCCUCACCCAACAGCAAAAGAACAAUAAGCGCCAACGGGCAACUCAGGACCAGCUAGUCCUUCUCGAGGUGGAAUUCAACAAGAACCCUACGCCGACGGCCGCCACGCGCGAAAGAAUCGCCCAGGAAAUCAACAUGACUGAGCGCUCCGUUCAGAUCUGGUUUCAGAACAGGCGCGCAAAGAUCAAAAUGCUUGCCAAGAAGAGCAUUGAAACUGGCGAGGGCUGCGAUUCCAUCCCUGAGUCGAUGCGCCAGUAUCUAGCCAUGCAAUUUGACCCCAGCAAGCCUGGUGCGCGAGACCCCUUUGGCCGUACUGGUGGAUAUGGGGCCCAUGGUCCAUACCCCAGUGAGCCUACACCUUCAGGAAAAGUUGUGAUCCACCAUUUCACAUGCCGGUCUCUAACAAUUGGAAGUUGGAGGCGGAUCGGACAAAACGCUAUGGACCUUGUUGUUUUCUACUCACCCGAGAAGGCCUGCAUGACCUAUUAUAUCAACAACGAUGCAGCCGGUUACAAGAUCGAGUACCCAUUUUCCUACAUCAAGAACAUUACCCUUGAGUCCGGUGAUCAAGGACCACAACCCAAUGGUGCGCCCCCACGGCCUUCCGGUCUCGUCGUCGAACUGAACAGACCGCCCCUCUUCUACAUGGAUUCCUCGAACUCGGGUGGCUUCUACCAGUGCGGCGACUUCACGGAGGACCAGCAAGCUAGUUCAAUCAUGAUUCAUCGUCUUGGAGGACACCCCAAGGUCCUGAGCGUUCAACUCGCGAAGCUGGUGUCGCUGGAGUCUUUCCAGAACCGUCUGGCGUACGGCAACUUCCCCAUUAACAACCCCAUGUCGCCGCCUUUCAUCCCACGCCCAGCUUCGCAGCCGAACCAGUUUGCUCCUGCUUUUAUGGGGAUGUAUGCAGAGAAUCCGGCCGUGAUGAACCUCCAGGCCGGCCGUGGGCACAAGCGCCAAAGGAGCCGCUCUGUUCCUGUGGCUAUCGAUUUCUCUGCAUUGGGAGCGCCGAUGACGUCGUUCAGCAUGCCACAGGCUCCGCAAUUUAACCACUCCGAUUCAGGAAUAUACGCACCGAUACCCCAAUCGACACACUCACUUGCUGCGAACCUCCGCAUUGAUACGUCUUCCGGCUAUGCUUUUGACCCGCGUGCGCAUCCUAUGUCCGCCACCACAACUGCUUCUCCGUCCGACUUCGCUAGCCCUGCCCUCUUCAGUGCGGGCCCUCAGGGAGAUUCGACUCCGGUAGGUGGAGCGGGGGCUCAAUUCACCUUGCCCUAUGUCUCUCCCGCUGUUGAUUCAGGCUUAUCCACACAAGCCGCUUCUCCGUACUCGAAUGUGAGCCACGCCGAUCCUAUGAUUGCCAACCAUUCGCCUCCCUUGACAAACAUGUCGCAUACGCCGCACGAUAUGUAUGGCAUGGGAAGCGAGCACCAGUCCGGUUAUGCGGAGGAGGGUAUGUCCCUAAGCAGUGGGUUGUUUAAGCACAUGAACUUCUCAUCUGUGCCUACCACAAUGGGCCUUGAAGGCAACACGUUCGAGAUGCCGAUGCACUCCAUGCCUGGGCACACUUCGCCCGGUGUCCAGGGUGACUAUCAGGGCAUCACAUUGGAAAAUGUUGACCCAAAUGUUUUGACUCCGGGCUCAUGA